GACGCGGCCGGGACAGGAAGAUGGCGAAGCGCGACGACCCGCUCCGCGCCCAGAGCGCACGGGGCCCCCGCGGCCCGGCGCCGCUGCUGCUGGCCGGUCUGGCGCUGCUGGGCGCGGCGCGGGCGCGGGCCCCGGAGGACGGCGGCUUCAGCUUGCACCCCCCGUACUUCAACCUGGCCGAGGGCGCUCGCAUCGCCGCGUCCGCGACCUGCGGCGAGGAGGCCCCGGCGCACGGGCCCCCACGCCCCACCGAGGACCUGUACUGCAAGCUGGUGGGCGGCCCCGUGGCCGGCGGAGACCCCAACCAGACCAUACAGGGCCAGUACUGCGACAUCUGCACAGCCUCCAGCAGCAACAAGGCACACCCCGUGAGCAACGCCAUCGAUGGCACGGAGCGCUGGUGGCAGAGCCCACCACUGUCCCGGGGCCUGGAAUACAAUGAGGUCAACGUCACCCUGGACCUGGGCCAGGUCUUCCACGUGGCCUACGUGCUCAUCAAGUUUGCCAACUCCCCUCGGCCAGACCUCUGGGUGCUAGAGCGCUCCACAGAUUUCGGCCACACCUACCAGCCGUGGCAGUUCUUCGCCUCCUCCAAGAGGGAUUGCCUGGAGCGAUUCGGGGCUGGGACGCUGGAGCGGAUCACGCAGGAUGAUGAUGUCAUUUGCACCACCGAGUACUCCCGCAUCGUGCCCCUGGAGAACGGCGAGAUCGUGGUGUCCUUGGUGAACGGGCGCCCUGGAGCCAUGAACUUCUCCUAUUCACCACUGCUCCGAGACUUCACCAAAGCCACCAACAUCCGGCUGCGUUUUCUGCGCACCAACACGCUGCUGGGCCACCUCAUGGGCAAGGCACUGAGAGACCCCACCGUCACCCGCCGGUACUACUACAGCAUCAAAGACGUCAGCAUUGGUGGACGCUGUGUGUGCCAUGGCCACGCGGAUGUCUGCGAUGCCAAAGACCCCUCGGACCCUUUCAGGCUUCAGUGUGCCUGCCAGCACAACACAUGCGGGGGCUCCUGUGACCACUGCUGCCCCGGCUUCAACCAACAGCCGUGGAAGCCGGCCACCACUGACAGUGCCAACGAGUGCCAGUCCUGUAACUGCCACAGCCAUGCCCAUGACUGUUACUACGACCCUGAGGUGGACAGGCGCAACGCCAGCCGGAACCAGGACAGUGUGUACCAGGGUGGGGGCGUCUGCAUCAACUGCCAGCAUCACACCACUGGCAUCAACUGUGAGCGCUGUCUACCUGGCUUCUACCGCUCCCCAGACCACCCUCUUGACUCCCCCGACGCCUGUCACCGCUGCAACUGUGAGUCCAACUUCACCGAUGGGACGUGUGAGGACCUGACUGGCCGCUGCUACUGCCGGCCAAACUUCACCGGGGAGCACUGCGACAUGUGUGCUGAGGGCUUCACAGGCUUCCCGAAUUGCUCCUCUGUGCUGUCCUCCCACAACGACACCGGGGAGCAGGUGCUGCCACCGGGGCACAUUGUGAAUUGUGACUGCAGCGCCAGCGGGACUGAGGACAACGCCUGCCGGAAGGACCCAAGGGUUGGUCACUGCGUGUGCAAACCCAACUUCCGGGGUGCCCACUGUGAGCUCUGUGCUCCGGGGUUCUACGGACCGAGCUGCCAGCCAUGCCAGUGCUCCAGUCCCGGGGUGGCCAAUGGCCUCUGUGACCCCAACUCUGGCCAGUGCAGGUGUCGCAUAGGCUUUGAGGGGGCUGCCUGCGAUCACUGUGCCCCCGGCUACUUCCAUUUCCCUCUGUGCCAGCUGUGUGGAUGCAGCCCUGCAGGGACCUUGCCCGAGGGCUGUGAUGAAGCUGGCCGCUGCCUGUGCCGGCCCGGGUUUGAUGGCCCCCACUGUGACCGCUGCCGCCCAGGCCACCACAGUUACCCCAGCUGCCAUGCCUGCGCCUGUGACCCCCGGGGGUCCCUGGACCAGCUCUGCGGGGCAGGUGGUUUGUGCCGCUGCCGCCCCGGCUACAUGGGUGCCACCUGCCAGGAAUGCAGCGCUGGGUUCCAUGGCUUCCCCGCCUGCAUCCCCUGCCACUGCUCCACUGACGGCUCCCUGCACUCAGCCUGUGACCCCCGGACAGGCCAGUGCAGCUGCCGGCCCCGUGUGGCGGGGCUGCGGUGUGACGUGUGUGUGCCUGGUGCCUACAACUUCCCCUACUGCGAAGCUGGCUCCUGUCACCCUGCUGGCCUGGCCCUGGCCAAUCCCAACCCUCAUGAGGGUCCGUGUGUGUGCCGGGCUCAUGUGGAGGGGCCGAGCUGUGACCGCUGCAAACCUGGCUUCUGGGGGCUGAGCCCCAGCAACCCCGAGGGCUGCACUCGCUGCAGCUGUGACCCCAGGGGCACACUGGGUGGAGUCUCCGAGUGCCAGCCGGGCAGUGGCCAGUGCUUCUGCAAGCCCCAUGUGUGUGGCCAGACCUGUGCGGCAUGUGAGGACGGCUUCUUCGGGCUGGAUCAGGCUGACUACUUUGGCUGCCACAGCUGCCGAUGUGACGUCGGUGGAGCCCUGAGCCGGGGCUGCGACCCGAAGACAGGCACUUGCCGGUGCCGCCCCAACACCCAGGGUCCUACCUGCAGCGAGCCCGUGAAGGACCACUACCUGCCUGACCUGCACCAUCUGCGGCUGGAGCUGGAGGAAGCGACCACCCCCGAGGGCCAUGCUGUGCGCUUUGGCUUCAACCCGCUGGAGUUCGAGAACUUCAGCUGGAGGGGCUAUGCGCACAUGGUGCCCAUCCAGCCCAGGAUCGUGGCCAGGUUGGACGUAGCCUCCUCUGACCUCUUCCGACUGGUCUUCCGCUACGUCAACCGUGGGCCCACAAGUGUGAGUGGCCGGGUCUCUGUGCAGGAGAACGGCAAGUUCAGCACCUGCGUCAACUGCACAGAGCAGAGCCAGCCCGUAGCCUUCCCACCCAGCACCGAGCCUGCCUUCAUCACCGUGCCCCAGAGGGGCCUUGGGGAGCCCUUUGUGCUGAACCCUGGCACCUGGGCCCUGCUCGUGGAGGCCGAAGGGGUGCUCCUGGACUAUGUGGUCCUGCUGCCCAGCGCCUACUAUGAGGCAGCCCUCCUGCAGCUUCGAGUGACCGAGGCCUGCACCUACCGCCCCUCCGCCCGUCGCUCCGGGGAGAACUGCCUUCUCUAUGCACACCUCCCCCUGGACGGCUUCCCCUCGGCUGCUGGGCCUGAGGCCCUGUGUGGCAGUGACAACAGCCUGCCCCGGCCCUGCCCCCUGGAGCAGCUCAGCCCUUCACACCCACCGCUGGCCGCCUGCCUGGGCAGUGACGUGGACAUCCAGCUGCAAGUAACUGUGCCACGGCCGGGCCGCUACGCCCUGGUGCUGGAGUAUGCCAACGAGCAUAUGCGCCAGGAGGUGGACGUGGCCGUGCACACUCCCCAGCAGGGCCCCCAGCUGGGGGCCGUCAGCCUCCACCCCUGCAGUUACAGCACCUUGUGUCGGGGCCUCGUCCUGGACGCUCGGCACCACGUGGCCACCUUCUACCUGGACUCAGAGGCCAGCAUCCGACUCACAGCAGAGCAGGCGCGCUUCUUCCUGCACAGCGUCAUUCUGGUGCCCCAGGAAGAGUUCAGCACAGAGAUGGUGAAGCCCCGGGUCCGCUGCACGAGCAGCCACGGCACCUUCGGGCCCGGCAGUGCCGCCUGCCUGCCCUCCCGCUUUCCGAAGCCGCCGAGACCCAUCAUCCUCAGGGACUGCCAGGUGCUGCCACUGCCUCCCAGCCUCCCUCUGACCCACUCUCAGGAGCUCACACCAGGUGCGGCCCCCACUGGGCCCCAGCCUCGGCCCCCCACUGCUGUGGAUCCCGACACGGAGCCCACCUUGCUGCGCCACCCCCAGGGCACUGUGGUCUUCACCACCCAGGUGCCCGCCCUGGGCCGCUAUGCCUUCCUGCUGCACGGCUACCAGCCAGCCCACCCCAGCUUCCCUGUGGAGGUCCUCAUCAGCGGGGGCCGCAUCUGGCAGGGCCACGCCAGUGCCAGCUUCUGCCCACACGCCUAUGGCUGCCGCACCCUGGUGCUGUGUGAGGGCCAGGCUGUGCUGGAUGUGACUGACAGUGAGCUCACGGUGACCGUGCGUGUGCCUGAGGGCCGGUCAUUCUGGCUGGAUUACGUGCUCGUUGUCCCUGAGGAUGCCUAUAGCCCUAGCUACCUCCGGGAGGAGCCCCUGGACAAGUCCUACGACUUCAUCAGCCACUGUGCUGCCCACGGCUACUACAUCAGCCCCCACAGCUCAUCCCCAUUCUGCCAAGACGCUGCCAACUCGCUGUCCCUCUUCUACAAUAAUGGGGCCUUACCUUGUGGCUGCCACGAGGUGGGCGCCACAGGCCCCACAUGCGAGCCCGUCGGGGGCCAGUGUCCCUGCCGGGCCCAUGUCAUCGGCCGUGACUGCUCCCGCUGUGCCACUGGCUACUGGGGCUUUCCCAACUGCAGGGCCUGCGACUGUGGUGCCCGCUUGUGUGAGGAGCUCACGGGCCAGUGUAUUUGCCCGCCACGCACUGUACUCCCUGAGUGCCUGGUCUGCCAGCCCCGGACCUUCGGCUGCCACCCCCUGGUCGGCUGCGAGGAGUGUAACUGCUCGGGGCCCGGCGUCCAGGAGCUCACCGACCCUACCUGUGAUGUGGACAGUGGCCAGUGCAAGUGCAGACCCAAUGUGGCUGGACGCCGCUGUGACAGCUGUGCCGCAGGCUUCCACAGUUAUCCCAGCUGCCGCCCCUGUGACUGCCACGAGGCCGGCACUGUACCUGGUGUGUGUGACCCCCUCACAGGCCAGUGCCACUGCAAGGAGAACGUGCAGGGCCCGAGGUGUGACCAGUGCCGCCUUGGGACCUUUUCGCUUGACGCUGCGAACCCCAAGGGCUGCACCCGCUGCUUCUGCUUUGGGGCUACGGAGCGCUGCAAGAGCUCUGCCCACGUCCGCCGUGAGCUUGUGGACAUGGAGGGCUGGACUCUGCUGAGCACUGACCGGCAGGUGGUGCCCCACGAGAGACUGGCGGAAUCAGAGCUGCUGCGUGCGGACCUGCAGCACAUGGCCAGCUCCCUCCCUGAUGCCCUCCCCGAGCUGUACUGGCAAGCCCCACCCUCCUACUUGGGAGACCGGGUGUCGUCCUAUGGUGGGAUGCUCCGCUAUGAGCUGCACUCGGAGACCCAGCGCGGAGACGUCUUCAUCCUCACCGAGAGCAGGCCGGAUGUGGUGCUGCAGGGCAACCAGAUGAGCAUCACAUUCCUGGAGCCAGCAUAUCCUGCACCCGGCCACGUCCAUCUCGGGCAGCUGCUGCUGGUGGAGGGGAACUUCCGGCACACAGAGACCCACAAUGCUGUGUCCCGUGAGGAGCUCAUGAUGGUCCUGGCAGGCCUGGAGCAGCUGCAGAUCCGCUCCCUCUUCUCGAAGGUCUCCUUGGCUGUCUCCUUGCGUAGGGUCAUGCUGGAGGUGGCCAGUGAGGUGGGCAGAGGCCCUCCAGCCAGCAGUGUGGAGCUGUGCAUGUGUCCUGCCAACUACCGUGGGGACUCGUGCCAGGAAUGUGCCCCUGGCUAUUACCGGGACACCAAGGGACUCUUUCUGGGCCGAUGUGUCCCCUGUCAGUGUCAUGGCCAUUCAGACCGCUGCCUCCCUGGUUCUGGCGUCUGCGUGGGCUGCCAGCACAACACAGAGGGGGAUCACUGUGAGCGCUGCCGGGCUGGCUUCGUGAGCAGCAGGCCUGAGGACCCCUCUGGCCCCUGUGUCAGCUGCCCCUGCCCUCUGGCGGUUCCUUCCAACAAUUUCGCGGAGGGCUGUGUCCUGCGCGGCGGCCGCCCCCAGUGCCUCUGCAGACCCGGCUACACGGGGGCCUCCUGUGAGCGGUGUGCGCCCGGCUUCUUUGGGAACCCUCUGGUGCUGGGCAGCUCGUGCCAGCCCUGUGACUGCAGCGGCAAUGGCGACCCCAACAUGAUCUUCAGCGACUGUGACCCCCUGACAGGCGCCUGUCGCGGCUGCCUGCGCCACACCACCGGGCCUCACUGUGAAAGCUGCGCCCCUGGUUUCUACGGCAAUGCCCUGCUGCCUGGCAACUGCACCCCGUGUGACUGCUCCCCGUGCGGGGCAGAGGCCUGUGACCCCCGGAGUGGCCGCUGCCUGUGCAAGGCUGGUGUGACCGGGCCCCGCUGUGACCGCUGCCAGGAGGGACACUUCGGUUUCGAGCGCUGUCAGGGCUGCCGCCCUUGUGCCUGUGGGCCAGCCGCCGAGGGCUCCAAGUGCCACUCCCAGAGUGGGCAGUGCCACUGCCGACCAGGAGCUGGAGGGCUCCAGUGCCGUGAAUGUGCCCCUGGCCACUGGGGGCUCCUGGAGCAGGGCUGCAGGCGCUGCCAGUGCCCAGGGGGCCACUGCGACCCGCACACUGGCCGCUGCACCUGCCCGCCAGGGCUCAGCGGGGAGCGCUGUGACACCUGCAGCCAGCAGCACCAGGUGCCUGUGCCAGGCGGGCCCAGGGGCCAGGGUGUCCACUGCGAAGUGUGUGACCACUGUGUGGUCUUGCUCCUGGAUGACUUGGAGCGGGCCAGUGCCCUCUUCCCUGCGAUCCGCGAGCAGCUGAGCAGUAUCAGUGCCGGCUCUGCAGCCUGGGCCCAGCUACACAGGCUGAAUGCCUCCAUCGCCGACCUGCAGGCCCAGCUCCGGAGCCCUCUGGGCCCCAGAUAUGAGGCAGAGCAGCAGCUGCAGACCCUGGAGCAGCAGAGUGUGAACUUGGAGCAGGAUGUACAGCGGCUGAGCGGCCAGGCCACGGAGACCCAAGAUCAGGCCAGCCAGCUGCUGAACGGUACCGAGGCCACGCUGGGCCGUGCACAGACGCUGCUGGUGACUGUCCAGGCUGUGGACCGUGCCCUGAGCGAGCUGGGAUCCCAGCUGGGCCACAUCUCACCAGCCAACACAUCGACUCCAUCAGGCGAGCAGCUGCGCCGGGCGCUGGCGGAGGUGGACAGCUUCCUGCAGGAGAUGCGGGCCCGUGACCUUGGGGCGCCCCGGGUGGUGGCAGAAACUGAGCUGGCCAAGGCCCUGAAGCUGCUGGCCCGUGUGCAGGAGCAGCUGACCCACCGCUGGGAGGAGAAUCAGGUGCUGGCUCAACGCACCCGCGAGAGGCUGGCUCAGCACGAGGCGGGCCUCAUGGACCUGCGGGAGGCCCUGAACCAGGCGGUGGCCACCACCCGGGAGGCCGAGCAGCUCAACAACCGCAACCAGGAGCAGUUGGAGGAAGCUCUGCAACGGAGGCAGGAGCUGUCCCGGGACAAUGCCACCCUGAAGGCCGCUCUGGAGGCUGCCAGCCGCACCCUGGCCCGCGUCUCUGAGCUGCUGCGUGGCAUGGACCAGGCCAAGGAGGACCUGGAGCACCUGGCAGCCAGCCUGGAUGGGGCCCAGACCCCACUGCUGGAAAAGAUCAGGGCCUUCUCCCCGGCUGGCAGCAAGCUGGACUUGGUGGAGACUGCUGAAGCCCAUGCGGAGCAGCUGAACCAGCUGGCACUCAACCUGUCCAGCAUCAUCCUUGGGGUCAACCAGGACCGUUUCAUCCAGAGGGCCGUGGAGGCUUCCAACGCCUAUAGCAGCAUCCUGAAGGCCAUACAGGCUGCUGAGGACGCCGCUAAGCAGGCCUGGCAGCAGGCGAGCCAUGCGUGGGAGACCGUGGUGCAGCAGGCCCUGGUGCCUCGAGCCCAGCAGCUGCUGGCCAACAGCAGUGCUCUGGAGGAGGCUGUGCUCGGGCAGCAGCGGAGGUUGGACCUCGCUCGGGUCACCCUGCAGGGUGCCAGAACCCAGCUCCGGGACAUCCAAGCCAAGAAGAACCAGCUGGUGGCCCAACUCCAAGAGGUGCAGGCCAUGCUGGCCAUGGACACAGACGAGACGAGCAAGAAGAUCGCCCAUGCCAAGGCUGUGGCUGCUGAAGCCCAGGACACGGCUGCCCGAGUGCAGUCCCAGCUUCGGGACAUGCAGAGGAGCCUGGAGCAGUGGCAGGGCCAGUUCGGAGCCCUGCGGGGUCAGGACCUGGGCCAGGCAGUGCUGGAUGCGGGCCGCUCAGUGUCCUCCCUGGAGAAGACGCUGCCACAGCUGCUGGCCAAGCUGAGCCUGCUGGAGAACCGCAGCGCGCACAACGCCAGCCUGGCCCUGUCCGCCAGCAUCGGUCGCGUGCGGGAGCUCAUCGCUCAGGCCCGGGGCGCUGCCAGCAAGGUCAGGGUGUCCAUGAAGUUCAGUGGGCGUUCAGGGGUGCAGCUGCGCACCCCACGAGACCUCGCCGACCUGGCCGCCUACACCGCCCUCAAGUUCCACCUGCAGAGCUCUGAGCCGGCGCCAGAGCCUGGGCAGCAGGGCGGGGACCACUUUGUGCUGUACAUGGGCAGCCGCCAGGCCACUGGGGACUACAUGGGUGUGUCUCUGAGAAACCGGACGGUGCACUGGGUGUACCGGCUGGGGGCGGCCGGCCCUGUGACCCUCAGCAUCGAUGAGGACAUCGGGGAGCAAUUUGCCACCAUCAACAUCGACAGGACCCUCCAGUUUGGCCACAUGUCCGUCACGGUGGAGGAUCCAGCAGUCCAGGAGACUAAGGGGGAUGCGGUGGCCCCUGGGGUGGAGGGACUGCUCAGCCUGCGGCCUGACGACUUUGUCUUCUACGUGGGCGGGUACCCCAGUGGCUUCACGCCCCCUGCGCCCCUCCGCUUCCCUGGCUACCGGGGCUGCAUUGAAUUGGACACGCUGAAUGAGGAGGUGGUCAGUCUGUACAACUUCGAGAGGACCUUCCGGCUGGACACAGCUGUGGACAGGCCUUGUGCCCGCUCCAAGUCCACAGGGGACCCGUGGCUCACGGAUGGCUCUUUCCUGGAUGGCACUGGCUUUGCCCGCAUCAGCUUUGAGAGGCAGCUGACCACCACCAAGCGCUUCGACCAGGAGCUGCGGCUCGUGUCCUACAACGGCAUCAUCUUCUUCCUGAAGCACCAGGGCCAGUUCCUGUGCCUGGCAAUGCUCAAAGGCAACCUCGUGCUCCUGUACGACCUUGGCACGGGUCUGAAGGAGGCUCCUCCCCUGCAGCCGCCUCCUCCCCUGACCACGGCCAGCAAGGCGAUCCAGGUGUUCCUGCUGGCCGGCAGCCGAGAGCGCAUACUGGUGCGCGUGGACAGGACCACAGUGUUCAGCGUGGAGCAGAGCAACACGCUGGACAUGGCCAGCGCCUACUACCUGGGAGGGGUGCCGCCUGAGCAACUGCCGUCAAGCCUGCGCAGACUCUUCCCCUCCGGGGGCUCCAUCCGUGGCUGCAUCAAGGGGAUCAAAGCUCUGGGCAAAUACGUGGACCUCAAGAGGCUGAACACCACAGGCGUCAGCGCUGGCUGCACGGCAGACCUGCUGGUGGGGCGCACCGUGACUUUCCAUGGCCAUGGCUUCCUGCCUCUGGCGCUCCCCGAUGUGGCACCCCUCACCGGCGACAUCUACUCUGGCAUUGGCUUCCGCAGCACCCAGGACAGUGGUCUGCUCUACCACCGAGCGUCCCUGGAUGGGCUGUGCCAGGUGUCCCUGCAGCAAGGCCACGUGACAUUGCGGCUUAUGAGGACAGAGCUGAAGACACGAGCGGUCUUCAACGAUGGUGCCCCCCACUACGCUGCCUUCUAUAGCAAUGCCACAGGGGUCUGGCUGUAUGUGGACGACCAGCUACAGCAGACAAGGCCUCACCGGGGGCCACCUCCCAGGCAGCAACCCCCGACUGAGGAGCCCCCACAGCUCCUCCUGGGGGGCCUGUCUGAGUCCGCCUCCUCCUUCCGCAACUUCAGCGGCUGCAUCAGCAAUGUCUUUGUCCAGCGGCUCCAGGGGCCGCAGCGAGUGUUUGACCUGCAGCAGAACCUGGGCAGCGUCAACGUGAGCACCGGCUGUGCCCUGGGCCUGCACAGCCAGUCCCCGGGGCCGGAAGCUCAAGGGCUGCGGGCUGUGGCUCGGAAGAGCUCCCGCCGCAGCCGCCAGCCUAGCCAGGACCCUGCGUGCACGCCACCUCUGCAGCUCAACGUGACCCGAGAUGCCUUCCAGCUUGGGGGUCCCCGUCCCAGUCACCUGGAGUUUGCAGACCUCCUGGACCCCCGCAGGGACCGGUUUCAGCUCUCCAUGCUUGCCCGCCCUCACGCCCUCCACGGCCUCCUGCUCUUCGCUGCGCCGCUGGCAGCCAGCAGCCCCUCCCUGGCUGUCUUCCUGAGCCACGGGCGGUUUGUCGCACAGACCGGAGGGCCUGAACCCCACCUUCGUGUCCAGAGCCGCCAGCGUGCGCGGGCUGGCAAGUGGCACACAGUCUCUGUGCGCUGGGAGAAGGGUCAGCUCCAGCUCCUCACAGAUGGGGUCCAGGCCUGGAGCCGCGAGUGGCCCCGCCAUCGGGCCGGGAGGGCAGAGGGCCUGCGGCCCCACACCCUCUUUGUGGGGGGCCUCCCGGCCGCCAGCCACAGCUCCCACCUGCCGGUGACUGUCGGAUUCAGUGGCUGUGUGAAGAGACUGCAGUUGGACGGGCGGCCCUUGGGGGCCCCCACUCGGAUGGUGGGGGUCACGCCCUGUACCCCAGGCCCCCUGGAACAUGGCCUGUUUUUCCCCGACAGUGGAGGAGUUGUCACCCUAGAACCCCUGGGGGCCACCCUGCCCCACGUGAGCCUGGAGCUGGAGGUGCGGCCCCUGGCAGCCACUGGGCUGAUCUUCCACCUGGGCCAGGCCCAGGGCCCCCCCUACCUGAAGCUACAGAUGUUCAAGAAGCAGGUCUUGCUGCGAGCAGAUGACGGGGCAGGUGAAUUUUCCACGUGGGUGACACGCCCUGCAGCACUGUGUGAUGGGCAGUGGCACCGACUAGCUGCCAACAAGGGCAGGGACGUGCUCCGGCUGGAGGUCGACACACAGAGCAACCACACCAUGGGCCCCACGGCAUCAGCUGUAGCUGACAGCCCAGCACCUCUGCAUCUGGGGGGCCUGCCUGAGACCAUGGCUACAGAGUCUGAGCUCCCUGCCUUCCGGGGCUGCAUGAGGAAGCUGGUGGUGAACCGGACCCCCGUCACUGUGACUCACUCUGCAGGCGUCCAGGGGGCAGUCGGGGCCAGUGGCUGCCCGGUCACAUAGUGUGGCCAGCGGGCCCUCCAGCAACUUUUCUGACAGGCAGGUGCAGUGGCAGGACCGGCUGACCACACCCAAGCGCCUUAGGCCUCAUGCACUUCCACAUUCAGUAGUUUCAUAGGCACAUUGUGGGUAUUUAUCUAUAGAUUCUCCGGGUGACAGGUCUUAUUUCUGGAAAUGGAUUAAAUUAUCUUUUUAAAUGAAAGGGUAGAAUACUGUAAAAUGGGUUUUAUACUUUUACCUCCCUCCCACAAAUUUUUAAGCAGUUUGAGAUGUGUAACAUCACUGGUUCCUUCAAGACAAAAAUUAAAAAGUAUUCUGUUUG